AGGACGAGAUAGAAAGAGUAGAGAGAGAGAGAGAGAGAGAGAGAGAGAGAGAGCUGGAGAGGAGUCGGACGUCAUAGCAUUCUUCCUCAAUCGCUUCUGGGCGCGAGAUUUAGUGCAGUGAUGAGUAAGGCUAAUUCGUGGAUGGAUGACGCAUGGGAAAGGGUUGUGGAGGCUGCGGUCGAUGGGCAGGCGACUCGAUCAUCGGAUAUUCGGGUUCUGAAUUUGGAUGGUGCCGUGAAAUCUCUUCAUGGAUGCCUACCGCCCGCCGGAAUUCUUGAAAGGUUUCCAAGUUUGGAGCAUCUCUCGAUUGCUAAUGUCGGCGUGCUCUCCCUUGAGAAGUUUCCACGGCUGCGCAAACUACAGAGGCUUAGCCUAUCGGAUAACCGGAUCGCCGGUGGGCUCGAGAACUUGGUACAAGCAGGGCUGCAUUCGCUUCGCGAUCUCGAUCUCUCAAACAACCGGAUCCAGUACAUCGAGGACCUGGCCCCGCUUGCGAAGCUCCACCUUGUUUCCCUCGAUCUCUACGAAUGCCCUGUCACGAGGGUUAAUGAUUACCGAUCCAAGGUGUUCUCGAUGAUCGGAACUUUGAAGUACCUGGAUAACCUUGACGCGAAUGAGGACGAGCGGCCAGAGACUGACGAUGAUGAUGAUGAUGAGGAGGAGGAGGAGGAUGAGGAGGAGGAGGCGGAGGAGGAGGACUAUGAUUAUGAUGAUUUUGAUCCAGGUAGUGGUGAGGUUGAUGGCGAUGAUCGGGCUGGGAAGCUUGUCAAUGGCUGUGGAGACUUUUCUGAUGUAGAUGAUGUGAUUGUUGAUGCCGAUGAAGAUGAAGAGAGUGAUGCUGAUGAGGAGGAGAUGGAGACUUCUGGGAGGGGAUCAGUAAAUGGGUUUUCUCUUGGACCUGGUCGUCAUUUAUCUAAUGGAUUCCGGGUGGCUGCCGUGGGUGUGGUUUCCGUGGAUGGAAAUGAAAAUGAUGCAGAUGAAGAUGUGGAGGUUGAGGAUGAUGAUGAUGAUCUUGGGGAAGAGAUAGAUGAGGAAGGGGAUGAUACUGAUCUAGUGCACAAAGUUCUUGGUAGUGAUGAGGAUGAUGAAGAUGGUGUUGAUGACGUGGAGGACAAUGAAGUGGACAUAGAAGAAGAGGAUGAUGAUGAUGAAGAAGAUUUAGAAGAUGAUGAUGGGGUAGAUGUGGAUGAAUAUGAGGUAGGCGUGGAGGAUGAGGAAGAUACAGAACCAGGUAGCUUAGCUAGGUUUGAAGAAGAGAUUGAUGGGCAUGAACAUGGAGAGGAAGAUGAAAAUGAAGAAAUUGACUUGCAUGAUGAGAACGGCGAGAUUGGUUGGGAGGAUGAGCUGGUAGUGGAUGAUAGGGAUAUUGGGGAGGAUUUUGAUGAUGGUGAAGAUGAGGAUGAUCUUGGUGGCGAUUAUCUUGUUCAACCAAUUGCACGACCAAUUGGACCGUCCAGUCAAUCUGAUUUCAAUGUUGACAGUGAAGAAGAGUAUCUCGAUCCCGUAGACGACAGCCAACAAGACAACAUUAUGCAACCAGCUUUGUACAACUCCAACAAGCGGAGAAGAGACGACGAAGGCGACCUAGAUGACGGCGACAACUUGGAGGAGCUGAGAUUGUCGAAGCGCCAUUGAUGAUUCUCUCAGCAGCAAGCCAUGUAAAAAGGGGGGUGGGUUACUCUUUGGUUCUUUCUUGAUCUUGUAGUUUAGCUUGAUGUAAUUUAAGUGAACAUGGCAAGUUCAAAUGGAAAGUUUUGGAGGGAAGGCAGGAGAGUGUAGUAGCCGUUUAUUCCCUCCAAAAACAAAAAAAAUCAAAAGUUAGUUUGGUGCUUUGUGUUAAUAAGUAUAUUCCCUACUGUCGACUUGACCGUUACUUUCCUUUUUUUUCAAAUGUCAGUUAUAUUUGUACCA